CACCAUUCCACCAUCUUGCACGCUAGUAAACCGCAACACGAACCUGGUGAACUUCUUAUUACACGAUCAAAAAAAAAAGAGGAAUUACAAGUGCAAAUUGCCGUCUGCAAAAUGUAGACUUCAACCGAGUGUAUACGUAUAGAUGCUUCUUGGCGUAUCCAGGAUAGAACGUGGAAUGGCUGACGACGUAAUGCACUGGAUGGUUUGAUUUUCUGCUCGUGAAAGAGGUGGAAGCCCGAGGGCAACCACCCCGCCUCGAAAGAAACUCAUAACUUUAUUGUCAUCGAUUCGUGAACUUGUCUUCCCUGGAAGAAGCACGACGCUUUGGAGUACUUGGAUUUACGGAAAGACCCCAUUGACGUUCGCCCGUCUCUAACUUGUCACUUAAAAAUGCAUUCGCAGUCCUCGUGCGAUUGUUAUUGCAAAAUUCGCGAGCCGACCGUGCGACACAGAAACGAGAUUCAGUCUGACAGGAGCCGGGUUAAGCUCGUGACAUCGAGAACUUCCGUUUCCAAGGCGGACACCAUCAGAAGCGGAAGGAAAGCACCGUUCACACCUGCAAAUCCUAUCAAUGAUGACCAGCUUGAUACUAAAAGAUCCACGGUUACACUUCCGAUUUCUCCAGUCCUUAGUCCGGAAACAUCGGCAGCUCUCGAAGACGUGGACAGAUUGGUCAAAGAUGCGGAAAUCCAAAUCAAAGCAAUUAACAUGGCCACCGACUGUACUGGUUUACGAAGACCCAUGAACGCGUAUCCGGACGAAAUAUCCUUAGACGACGAAAACGAUCAACUGUUGUACGUUCGUGAACGUGUGGCUUACAAAUUCCAAGAAGCGAACGGUUGGAUCGACGUGAAUCACGCGGUUCAGAAAAACGAAGAGAUAUCGGACGAGGGAAGCGUUCCGUUUAAGCCGAAGAAAAUCACCGACUUCUCUGCGCCGAAAUUCAAAACCUUCGAAGAACGCUACAAGGAAUUCCCGAAGCGCGGACCGUUCGGAAUCCAGGAUCUAGGAAUUCCAAGCGGGAGUGCGCAAAACAAAGAGGGAUCGAAGGAGCCUAACGAAAUACCGAAUCUCGAGAGAAACACGAAGAUGAACACUUUUUCCGUGCAGUCUUGUCCGCCAGUGAACAUCGAGAGGGAACUAACGGCACAAAAUUUAGAAAGUAUUCAUAUACCCCCCGACGCAUCUUUUUAUCAAGAAAACGCCAACAUUGGAACCUACGUAGCAUCCCAUAAUCCUUGGAACAGAAGUCAGGCACCGAUUCGCAAAGAGAAAUUUGCGAAAAUAUCGGAAGAGCUUAACGAAGCUACAAGCAACAGAAAAUCGAGUGAAAAGCAAAAGAAGAAGAGUGCAAAAGCGAGCAAGGAUACAGAAAACAGCGUCGAGUCGGCGCGUAGUUCAGUUUCGAAAGAAAAAUCGGAAGUUUCGGAAGGAUCUAGUAGAACUUGGUCAGGCAACAACGAAGAGGGUGCAGAAAAUGUGGAAAAGUUGGAUGAGGUACCAGAGAGGGUAGCAGUUGCUGAUCGAAACGAGGAACAUGUAAAAUCGGUAGCUGUAGAGGAUGUCGCUGUGGGUCCUGACUAUCGAAAAGUAGAGGAUCGAGAGGUGCAAGUGGAAAUUGAAAUGGUCGAACGAAAGAUGAAUGAUAGAGCAACGAAGGCUACUAUCAGUGGCAAAGGUGAGCAGAAACAGGUACGGUUUAACGAAGAAGUCUUAGAAAGGGUUGAACAAUUGGAUGAAGAAGAUACCAAAAGAAACGAUAAAGAAAAAAGUUCAACUUCGAUACAAGACGUAGAAAUGCCGGAGUUUAUUGAAUCGGAAGAAGAUGAAAUCGUUUUGAAGGAAAAUUUUGAUGGAUACCAAAGUACACCGACUUCAAAAGCAAUUACAGUACACAAAGAUACCUUGGCAUUGCGUAAACGGGAUGAAAAAGAACUCAAGAAGAAGAAAAAGAAAAUUUCUGAUGCGGAGAAUCGUGAAGAGGAACAUUUUAAACUCGUCGACCAACGUUUCGCUAAUCUUCUUCACAAAUAUUGCGAUUGGAAUGAGAAAAAUGUCGAAGACACCAGUGUUCUUGCAUCCUCUAGUGCUGAUUCAUCCGGUACGAGUUCGGGAGAUUCAGUUGUUUCGGAUGAAUUGUACUAUCCGUCCUUCGACAACUUGGAUAACGUGUUGCAAGCUUACAGCAAGAUAAUCGACGAUGUUUCAAAAUCAUCGAGAACGAUCGACGAAUAUCUAUCUAGGCCGGAACUCGAGGAAUUUCUGCAACACGACGUAACCGCUGAAAGCAGCGAAUCUCUAGCUUCCGUGCAGUUCAACCGAAGAAAGGUCGAGAUGCCAAAGAAGAAUCCCUCCUAUUAUUUACAACCUAAACAGAACACAGAAAGGAGGAACAAAGACUUAGUCAAAGAUCACAUGGCUGUGAAGCACGAACAUACAAAUAAAGAACAUCGAUCCUGUGUAACGAUGAGUCGAGUUAAAAGCAAAAAGUCCACGCCACUGAAAGCGACUGGAAACAAUAAACAUGGUAAUAAUUCUAGAUAUAAACCUGUCCUGCCAAAAAGCUCGUUUAAAGAUCCAUCGCAAAUUGAUUUGAAAGUUGCAACGCGAUUUGAUUCGAGGACGUUAUUGGACGAAGAAACGGAAUUAAGCGGAACGAGCUACGGCGAAAUUGUAAAACAUAUCCAUGGAAAAGAGUCAAAUACUUCUAAAGCGCCCCGUCUCUGGAAUUCAAGUGUCUUUCUAGUUAAUGAUGAAAGUUCAAGCUCGACUUCUUCCACUAAUCGUUCGUCUUUGAAAACAGAUGCGCGGAGUGUCAGCGAAAAGAAAGUGGAAGAAGCUUCGGAAAUCUUGAUUGACAGCGUCGCUGAAGAGGCUGCGAGUCUGCGAUCCAAUAUGGCGUCCGAGCAAGACGUCGGAAGGAAAGAAAAGGGUAAUUUCGAUUAUCCACCAGCCGACGUAGCGUUCUCCGAUAUUUUCCGGCAAGGAUUUCCGGGAUUGACAGACGCAACGAAGAUCACUGAGCAUUUGAUUGAUCGUGUACUCAAAGAGGAGACCAAGAACAUCGAAGAUAAAAUCAAGAAUGCGUUCAACGUCAACGAAAUCAUACCUGUAUUGAUGAAAAGUUUGCUAGAACAUUUACAAAAAGAUGCAACCAGCUCUCCGCAGAACCUGGAAUUGCUAAUUUCGGAGAAUGUGUCGGUGAACAAUGUCGAGUCGAACAUUCACGAGAUAGAAACCACGCGCGUGACGUCUCCCAAUGAGUCUGAGAAGGAGAACUUGAGAACAGGGUUUCAAGCUGAUAACGUGGAAACGAUUGAAAACAAUGAGAAAAUAGCUGACAAAAAUACUACCAAUGAAUUCACUAGUGAAAAUAUUAAGAUUGAUCUCGUCGACAAGUCUGCAAGUCGAAAUUCCAACGCUGAAGGAACUAUGUCACACUCCAAGAACUCGAUUGACGAAUUGGGUAAAGUUAAUUCUAACAGUGUGUCGUUAAAAGAACUUUCGGGCACAGAGAAUAGAAAUACGGAUUCGAAUAGAAGCGUGAAGAACACUGUAGAAGACAGUGAGAAUUUGAAGCAGAAAGGAUAUAGUGCUGGAAGUGUUGCUUCCGCGAAGAACGUUUCAAGCAUUGUCGACGAAAAAACGAAAAACAAAGAGGAUAGAAUCGAAGAAAAGAGCCAAAGUAACGUUUCAGUAAAUACGAAUGAGCGUACAAGUUCAAAAGCUGUGGAUAGAUCGUCUGUAAAAAAUGACGGAGCAGAAAGUAUAGGGCCAAAAGGUUGUUCGAACGAACAUUUCUCAGUAGCGGAUAAACUGAGUUCCAAAGUUGAAAAUGAGAAAUCCCUUGAACCGUGUUUGAACCAAAACAGAAUGAAAAAUUCUGUAAAAUCUGAUGACAAUGUCCAAAGGAAUUCAUCUUCCGAUUCUCUGCGAGAUUGCGCAUCUCUACGGUCUUCUCCAAGAAACGAGCCGAAAGCAUCGAGCAUGAUGGAAUCGGUUCACGGAACUAAUGAAAAUGAACAAGUUGAUUUUGACUCAAUGAAUAAAGCAUUUAACGGUAUUCCAACAGAAAUAUCGAGUCAAAAGGGACCAUAUUAUAAUACAUUUACAAAAGAAAAGAUUUUGUCGGACCUGUAUGGCGAAAUGCAUGCACAACUCUUAAAUUCUACAGCCGGUACAAAUUAUUCAAAUUUGGUCCAGCAGGAUCUUAGGUCAUCCGAAAAUAAGCUUGCAACAAAUUCGAAUAAAGUUGAAAUAUCAUCGCCGGAUACUUCCCGCUCUGAAGGAGAAUUCUUUUUACAAAGUUCCGGUUCUUAUUCUCUAGGUGAAGUUAAAACGUUAAAUGCAGACGAACGUGACGACGAUAUUACAAUUUUUGUCACGAAAGAAAUGUUGACUUUAUGGAAUGAGUCUUCGAAAUCAUUGGUACAAAGUUUGGGGGAAAUUUAGAGUUGCUGCUUUGACGAAAAGUGCGCUGACUGACAGGCAUCCUGCCUGUUUUUAUAUGUGUAUUGCAAUUGAAGAUGCAACGACAGUGACGUAUUCCAUAUUACUCGUGCUUCCAAGUAAGC